AUGACUAUAACCCCAAAAGAAUCCAACAGUUUGAAGAAAGAUUUGCUAGCGCUAUGUGCAUUGUCUUCCAGACUCAAACUCGAACGCCAGCGACAAAGAGUUUAUCUGUCCACGGAAGAAGACGGAAACGGAAAACUGAAAUCCAACCAACUCUUAAGAGGACUUCUUUCUUUCAUUUCUCUUUCUUUUUUAUCAUAUUUCUUCUUCAUUCUUUCUUUAUUUUUCUUUAAUAUUCAUUCAAAAUUCAUUAAUUUUUCAUAUUCCUUUCAUUAUUCUUUCUUUGUUUAUUUUUCUUUCAUGUUCCUUCUUUCAUUCCUUCUUUAUUUAUUUCUCCCUCAUUCCUUCUUUCAUUCAGUCUCUUUCCCCAGUAUUCCUUUCUUAUUUUAUUUAUUUCUCCCUGAUUCGUCAUUGCAUUCAUUCUUUCUCCCAGAUUCUUUAUUUCAGUCUUUUUUCAUUAUUUCUCUACAAGCAAGGCAAUAA